AUGCGUAUGCACAACGAGCAAAAUUUCUGCCGUCACAGACUCUCAGCCCGGCUUCGAAGUUCGCUCAACCCUCCCAUUCGAAGCCGGUUCGAUCUUUCGACGACAGUCAACCUUCCCCCGAAAGCCCCGUCGCUCGCCAAUGCCAUGUCGCACAAGGGAAAGAACAGCGCGGCCAAGGGCAAAAAGCCUGCCCAGGCGGGUGUCGAGAGCAAAAGCGAAGACGUCCUGCAAGCAGUCGUCCUCGCAGACUCAUUCCAAGAUCGAUUCAGACCCUUUACAUUAGACAAGCCCAGAUGCCUUCUGCCGCUCGCGAACACGCCCCUCAUCGAGUAUACCCUGGAGUUUUUGGCCAUGAACGGUGUCAGCGAGGUGUACAUCUACUGCGGCGCCUUCACAGACCAAGUCGAAGACUACGUCAGCCGCUCAAGAUGGUCGACAACGUCCCGAUCAUCGCCCUUCGCCGUCGUCCAGUUCGUUCGCGUGGCAGAUGCCCGCUCCGUCGGCGAUGUCCUGCGAGACCUGGACAAGCGGUCGCUCGUCGACGGCGACUUCAUCGUCGUCCACGGGGACUUGGUGUCCAACCUGAUGCUCGACGGCGUCUUGGCGGCGCAUCGCAAACGAAGGGAAGCCAGCGCGGCCAACAUCAUGACGGUGGUCUUGCGGAGCGGCGGCCAGCAAGACCACCGCACAAAGACCAACGGCGUCACGCCCCUGUUCGCCGUCGACGCCAAGACCCGGCGGCUGCUGCACUACGACGAGAUGAACCCCCUCCAGAGCGACCGCUACCUCGCGCUGGACCCCGCCAUCCCGGACGAGCUCUCCACCGAGUUCGAGGCUCGCGCCGACCUCAUCGACGCCCACAUCGACAUCUGCACCGCCGAGGUCCUGGCGCUCUGGUCAGAAAGCUUCGACUACGAGCUCCCGCGCAGACACUUUCUCCACGGGGUCCUCAAAGACUGGGAGUUGAACGGCAAGGCCAUCUACGCAGACGUGCUGGACCAUGGAUACGCGGCGCGGGCGAGCAACCUCCAGAUGUACGACUCGAUAAGCCGCGAUAUCCUCGGAAGAUGGACGUUCCCGUUCGUACCGGAGAACAAUCUUGCGCCGACGCAGACAUACCAGCGGCACGCGAAUGGUCUCGUCAUGGAGCACAACGUCUCCCACGCGCACGACGCUUGCCUCUCCAACGCCGUCGUUGGCCAAGAUACCAGCAUUGGACCAGGCACCAGCAUCUCGCGCUCCUUUGUGGGCAGAGGGUGCAUAAUCGGCGCCAACGUGGUGCUGGAAGAUUCGUACGUGUGGGACAACACAGUCAUAGAGGAUGGCGCCAGAAUAUCCUACUCCAUCAUUGGCGACUCGGCCGUCAUCGGCAGGAGCUGCACCCUACCGCAAGGCUGCCUAGUCGGCCCUAGAGUCCGCAUUGGAGAGAAGACGAGCUUGGGAAAGAAUGCCGCGGUAUCGACCCUGGGACCCUCCGGCGAAGCCGUCGCCGAGAACGCCGCCGCGCUCGGACCGAGCACCAACGCCGCCCUGUUUGUCGACCCGCACGACGGCGACGAGCAGCUGGACGACCGAGACCCCUCGCGCCUCCAAAGAGGCCUCAUCUACUCCCUCGCCGGCUGCAACAUAUCCACGUCGUCCAUCUCCACCCUGGCCUCUGAUUCCGAGUCCGACGACGAUGCGGACGAGACGCCACCAUCGGCCGGCGCGGAGGAGUUGUCGUCCCGGUCCCGCCUCUCGUCCUUUGCGUCGGACGACUCGAGCGGCAACAGCAGGUCGUCCUCGUUCCACGCCGACGCGGUCAACGGACUGCUCGACGCGCUGAGAGAGUCCAAGGACUUCGACUCGGCCAAGCUCGAGUUCAUGGGCCUGCGCCUCGCCAACAACGCCUCGGACGACAUGGUGCGAAAAGCCGUGGCCAUGGCCUUUGCCCGACGCGCCGCCGAGCUGCUGACGCCCGAGCACGGCGGCCUCGAGGUCGCCAAGGCGGCCGAGAAGUCCCUCACCUUUAGCAAAGGCGCCACGGGGUUCAUAGCCGAGGUCGGCGUCGGCGGCCAGGAAGCCGAGCAGGUCGACUUCAUCCUCGCGCUGCAGAAAGCCCUCCGGGGCAUGCGGAGCCCCGAGCCGGCCAACCUGGGCACUCUGCUGGCCGCGAUGCUGCAGCAGCUGUACGCGCUGGACGUUGUCGAGGAGGACGGCAUCCUGGCAUGGUGGGAAGACCAGAGGGCAGCAGAGGGCGAGGCCAUGGCCGCGCUGAAGGACAAGUGCAAGGUCCUGGUUGAGUGGCUGGAGAAUGCCGAGGAGGAAGACGACGAUGACGAUGAUGACGACGACGGCACGGACGACGAGUGA